AUGGUAGGCAAACCGAUGGGGGCUCAGACACAGGAUCCGAAAUUGGACGAACCCAAUUUGGUCGUGCUUUAUUUGUUUUUGGCUUCGUUUUUCGUAGCGCCUUCUGCGACAAUUCCGGUCACCACCGCGUCCAGUUUAUCUGAAACCGCCAUGUCCCCCCCGACUGCAGUGGACUCAAUCCCCACAUCGAUGGAGUCAUUCUUUGAUCGACCGUCCGAUCGACGAUUUCGGCACUCGACCAUGAUCGCCGCGGCUGCCUCUGCCUCCCUGGCCAGUUCUCGACGAACAGCUAAACAAACGGUUAGCGUGGGAACGAACCCCAGUUUGAAUAACAGCCCCACGUAUACCCGACCGGUUAUCCCCACUACCACGGAAAUGGAUCCAGUUUUUUGCCGGUCCUUGUCCGAAUCGGAUGCCACUUUGGACGAACGUCCGAAAAUCCGCAUCACCAUCCCUCGUGAUAUCUUGCUUGCUUGUCCUCCAUCCAGCAGCGCCUCAAUCAACGCCAACAACACUACCGGCAGCAGUUCUGGUGGCAGUCGUGAAACAUCCCUAGUCCAAUCCAAUUCGUCUUUUGAGGAGCAUAGUUUGUCGGACACCGGGAUGACGGACGUAAAUGAUCAGACAGCCAUUAAUGUUCCGGCCAGAUUUCUCGCACCAGUCGAACUACCUCGGCGAUCCGUACCCAAUGUGAACAGUAGCCCACCCUUAUGCUUCACUGGGUUAAGAACCAGUGAGCCCAUGAUUGUCCCCGAUCACCCGCACUCCUCCGAGCACAUCAGUCCGUCAACUACGCCCGGGUGUCGAUCGCCCACAAAGUGGACAGCUCGAGUAAAAGAGAAUACGCCACCUUCGAAAACUCUGGGUUUUCCUAAAGUUUUGCUUUUCAAUGCGAACGAAUCCUCCUCAUCUCAUGUACCACCACACUAUCAUCAGCAUCACAAACGAAGACCAUCUGAUGAGGCAAUCACCAUUUUGAGGGAUGGCCGUACUGAUACCGAUCAGACCACACACGUGCGAUCUACUCAUGUAGGUGAGAGUCUCCUCGGGAAACGAAAAAAACAUUCCGAUCGUAAAGAAAAACGUCGACGGAAACACAUUCAGGAAAUCGCUCCGGCAUUCGUUUCAGAUCCAGAUUCGGCCUCGUCAUUCGACAUCUCCCCGACGGGGUAUCCAGGGCCAACAAAAGUCCGCCGUCGUUCGGGUUCAUCCAAUUCGCACGCUUCGACUUUAUCCUCUUCCGACGUGACGAAACGCCCAGGGUUGCUCCGCUUCGGAUUCAACUCCGAUCGAUUCCAACUCCGAUUCCCGGAACCGGAACAAAUCGAUUCUCCUUCUCCUUCACCGAAAAACGCAUUCACGCCACCGCCGUCGGCGACUAACGUCACACAUGCGAAUCGUUUGAGGGAUCGAAGUAAUCGAUGCGUUGCACCUCAACCCCGCGUCACUCUCCUCACCCCAGAUCCGAAACGGUUACGAUUAGUUCAAGAAAUAUGUGUGACUGAUGUGACCGUUGAUGGUCUAACCAUAAGCAUCAAAGAAUGUUCUGGCCCGGACGAUUUCUUCGGUGUUCCAUCAAGUCAACUGGUUCAAUGGUCUGGGUCAAAAUUGCAUCAUCCUGUCGUUUAUCCGAACGCUCCCUCAUCUCCGGUUGUGUGCAGUGCGUCCAGCGCCACGAGUGUGGUCACAUGCUCCACUGCAAUCAAAUCGGAAUGCCAGAAGGACACGUCCAUGGACGAUCGAUUAUACACGGAUGAGAAUGUGGCCCCUGAAGAACCGAUAGUCAGUUCCCAGAAGUCUCGUGCUGUUUGUGACCUAAGCACAAUCUACGAAGAAUCUACCCUCGAGUCUUCUUCUUCGAAACGUUCAGAAAACGCCAUCCUAUCAGAUCCGGUUAACGAGGUAGGGUCUAAAAUAGCAGACCUAGUUGAUGCGCCCAUAAUUCCUCCGUUGGAAGAUGAUGUUAAAUCACCGGUUUCCGUCAGUAAAUCCGAGGCACCUUCAACUUCGGCGCUGAUGUUGGCCGCCACCGAAGCUGCUAUAAAAUCUUCUGAAGAGCCUCCCUCAUCUCCCGGUCUCCUUACUCCUCCAAGACGAUCCUCUACCCCCGUGGAUCAGUCCCCACGCUCGGUAACUAAUGAUAACGUUAUUGUCUCAAACAAUGUUGAUCCUGCUUCCAUAAGCGUAUCAGUCAGUAAGUCGGCUUUGUCUUCAGUCCCAACUACGACUACAGUUAUCAGCACUUCGUCCACUGUGGUAACAAAUAAUACUGUGGUUCGGCCGACCAGUACUUCGCCAAACAAAAUCACCGUUUUCUCUCACCCGGGAAUUACGAAAUCUAGCACGAGUACCGGACGUUCAAAGAGUACUGGUCCGAAAGCACCGGGUUCAUCUCGGUGUAAUGCACCGACAAGUGAUACUCCUCGACGUGCAAAGGUACGAGACAGUUCAGCUAAUGCGGUUUUAACCAAUCUGAAAGUCCCGCGUACCUCGACUAAAUCGAUCUCUUGCUCCACCUCGCGCUCGUCUUCGUCAGCUGCUCUGGAUCCAAACAACGUGUACACGUUUUCCGAUUCAUCACCGACACAUCAUCUCUCACCCCGAACACUGUCUAUCCCGCGUCUCGGUGGAGCUAACAGUAACGUGUCGCGCCGAUCAGUCACGGCAUCCUCCAAACCUGAAACAUCUGUCACUAUGGACCAAAUGGAAACUUCCCUUUCGUCGUCAAUGUUCACUUGUGCUGGUGGCAAUUCGUUCUCUCCCCUGUUGGGUCUUUCCGGAGCAGGACCGCAAUCAUUAAAUUGUUUAUCCGUUCCGGGCACCCCGGUCUCUCUUGCUCUACAAAUGCCGCCUCUAUCCGGUUCUGCGCCUAUGGUCUCGACUCAUGAUUCUGCAUUGGCCACAGCCAUCUACUUCCAACAGUUAAGAAUGCAACUGCUCGGUACCGACGCUGCUAGCUCCUCUCAUCUCGGUUCGAACAUGCCUCCUGUGUCCUCCUGUAUGUCCUCCAUCAAUCCCUGGGCAACUCAGAUUCCACUGUCAAACAAUCUGACAGCGGCUCUCGGCUCGUUCAUGCCCAACACGUCCAAUUUUUUGACUGGAAACAGUGUAAACAACGAAACUUUGUUCACCUCGAAUUUUUCCCCGUUUACUUUGUCCACGGGGUCGAGUAUGCAACCGCCGACAUCUGUCUCCUCGGUCUCCACCAGUUCCACGCUUAUCCCAACAGGUCCUCCCGGACCAAACCUGAUGUUGCCGGCUCAGCUCCAACUAGCCGAUAUGGUAGCCGCUGCUGUGAGUCAAUCCGCCGUGUUCAACACAUCGUCUAGUCGCGAGCUGUAUCCGUCGACCGAGCAUCUCUGUGGCGCGAUCUCUGCCAUCCCUUCCUCUUCCAGUAUGCCCUUCAUGACUGAUGAGUCCCCUAUGGAUUUAUCUGCAAAACGAUGA